AAUAGCAGUGAUCGUUAAUUAAUAUUUUUUAAUUGGCCAUUUCUAAUAACAUAUCAAAUAUUAUAAAUAAAAUUAUAUAUCAAUUAACUACUGACAGUAAUAACAAUUGCAAUGAUAUAAAGUUUACAUUGACUAAAAAUUCAAAAAGAAAAAUGCCAGAUAUCAAAGUAACCCCUUUGGGGGCUGGUCAAGAUGUUGGAAGAAGCUGCAUUCUUGUAUCAAUGGGUGGAAAGAACAUUAUGCUGGAUUGUGGCAUGCAUAUGGGUUUCAACGAUGAAAGAAGAUUCCCAGAUUUUUCAUAUAUAAUCCCAGAAGGUCCAGCAACUAAUUACAUUGAUUGUGUGAUUAUUUCACACUUUCAUUUAGAUCAUUGUGGUGCUCUCCCAUAUUUUACAGAAAUGGUAGGUUAUACUGGACCAAUUUAUAUGACACAUCCAACAAAAGCCAUUGCACCAAUCUUACUUGAAGAUAUGAGAAAAGUUGCAGUAGAACGUAAAGGAGAAAGUAACUUUUUUACCUCACAAAUGAUAAAAGACUGUAUGAAAAAAGUUAUUGCUGUUACAUUGCAUCAAUCUGUAAUGGUUGACUCAGAAUUGGAAAUAAAAGCAUAUUAUGCAGGACAUGUACUUGGUGCUGCAAUGUUCUGGAUUAGAGUUGGUUCACAAUCGAUUGUAUAUACAGGAGAUUACAAUAUGACUCCUGAUAGACAUUUAGGUGCUGCAUGGAUAGAUAAAUGUAGACCAGAUUUAUUAAUAUCAGAGUCAACAUAUGCAACAACUAUUAGAGAUUCUAAGAGAUGUAGAGAAAGAGACUUCUUAAAGAAAGUUCAUGAAUGCAUAGAUAGAGGUGGCAAAGUAUUAAUCCCUGUAUUUGCUCUUGGACGUGCACAAGAAUUAUGUAUAUUAUUAGAAACAUAUUGGGAGAGAAUGAAUUUAAAAGUUCCUGUAUAUUUUGCUUUAGGAUUAACUGAAAAAGCUAAUAAUUAUUAUAAAAUGUUUAUUACUUGGACUAAUCAAAAAAUUAAAAAAACUUUUGUACAAAGAAAUAUGUUUGAUUUUAAACAUAUAAAACCAUUUGAUAAAGCAUAUAUUGAUAAUCCUGGAGCUAUGGUAGUAUUUGCUACCCCAGGCAUGUUGCAUGCAGGAUUAUCUUUACAAAUUUUUAAAAAAUGGGCCCCAAACGAAGCAAAUAUGGUUAUUAUGCCCGGGUUUUGCGUUCAGGGUACUGUUGGACAUAAAGUUUUAAAUGGUUCUAGAAGAAUUGAAUUUGAGAACCGACAGAUUGUCGAAGUUAAAAUGGCAGUAGAGUAUAUGUCUUUCUCUGCACAUGCAGAUGCAAAAGGUAUUAUGCAAUUAAUACAGUAUUGCGAACCAAAAAAUGUUAUGCUUGUACAUGGAGAAUUUGCUAAAAUGGAAUUUUUAAAAGAAAAAAUAAAACAAGAAUUUGGAACAAAUUGUUAUAACCCUGCAAAUGGAGAAACAUGUGUUAUUACAACCAUUGCUAAAGUGCCAGUAGACGCUUCCUUAGCGUUAUUAAAGUCUGAAGCCAAAAGAUAUUCAGCUUUGCCACCAGAUCCUAAGCGACGAAGAUUACUCCACAGCGUUUUAAUGCUACGAGAAGAUGGAGUAUGUCUUGUAGACGCAGAUGAAGUAACAAAAGCUGCAGGUAUAACCAAACAUAUAGUACGAUUUACGUCCACUGUGCAAGUAAGAGACCCUGGUCCAGCACAUUCAACAACUUUAAAAUUAUUACAACCAUUAAAAGAGAGAUUAUCAGGUUGGACAGUUCAAUUAACAGACGGAUCAAUAUCUGUUGAAUCUGUUUUAGUAAAAGUAGAAGGUGAUGAAGAUGAUCAAAAAAGCGUGUAUGUUUCAUGGACAAAUCAAGAUGAAGAUUUAGGUAGUUAUAUUUUAGGAUUUCUACAAACUAUGCUAAAUUAAGUAAUGAUAAUAAUGAUAAUUAGGUGUAUUAAAUACAAAACAAUUACUUAAUUGACAUGUAAUAGAUUUUAAAAUUUUUUAUAGUGUCAUAAUAAAUAUAGUGUAUUAAAAAAAAAAUGCUAUUACCGCCUUUGAUAAUGUCCUAAGGAGAAUUAAAAAAUGUAUUGAAUAAUUAAACUUAUAGCAAAUAUUUGAUUAAAGAUAUCCUAUACUAAAACUUAGGAUUAUUAUUAUAAAAUGUAAAUAAAUGACAUCAUUCACUAUAAUUACAAAUUAUUAUUGAAAUUUGUAUAUUGUAUAACGUGAAAUAAAACAAUAAGCUUUUUAUUAUCUAUUUUCCUAAAUGUAAAACAUUUAAUGUAUAAGUACUACGUGUUAAAUCUUAUACAAGCUUGUAAAUAAACGAAACAAUGAUAUUUUAAGAAAUAAAUGUUUAAUAUAUCAUAAA